UAACAGCACUUGGCCCAACACCCUGUUAAGGCUACAUGGGGAAUCUUUGUUUUUCCUUUGUCUAUGUGGAGCACGAGCGUUGUGGUUUGCGCGCUGCGUUAUAGUUCAGUUCGAUUACAGGUGGCAACUCCACCUGGUUUGGCCCACGCCUAGGUCAAGUCAACCUAAAAUGAAUGUGAUUUUUUUGUGUCACAGUGCCAGCAUGACAAAUCGGCUAUCGUACUUGUGCUGGCCCUGUACGGACACGCGUGUGUUUGUGUGUGCGUGUGUCUGUGUUUGUGUGUGUCUGUGUGUGUGCGUGUGUGUGUGUGUGCAUGUGCGUGUGUGCUGUUCCAGCCUUAACAGGAGCUCGUCAAUAGGGUUAGCUUCAACAGUCGGAAGGCACACGCCCUGCACAGAAAUGAAAUGGAUUUAUCUUUGUCGUCCUCUUCCGAAACAUCUGGCCGGCGAGGAAGAGUAGACCAAGUGCUUUCUGCAGUGUAAAUGCCGACCAUGUUGGGCAAGCGAUCGGAGAUGCUGAAGGCGCGCGCCACGACGGGCCCCGUCUCGUGGAAGCGCUGGAAGGGCCCCCUGGGCGCCGGCAUCGAGUCUCACUCCAACGGACACCACCACCACCACAACCACCACAACCACCAACACCACCACUCCCCGCACAACCACCACAGCGGCGGCGGGAGUAGCGGCGGUGGCGGCGUCCUGCAGAAUGGACGAACAGGGGGCGGAGGCAUCCGUGUGGGCUCGGCUUUCCAGGCCACGAUCCCAGAAUUCAGCCCCGUGAUGCCACGCGAGCGCACCAGGGAUCGCGACAGGGAGGACGUGCCGGUGUGGUCGCCUCACCACUCCAUCCCCGAGGAGCAGCUGGACGAGUACCUCUCUGUCGCCAAGGAGGUGCACGGGUACAGCACGGAGCAGGCACUGGGGCUGCUGCUGUGGCACGCGCACAACAUCGAGCGCUCGCUCGCCGACAUGCCCAACUUCGCUCCGGACGCCGACGAGUGGGGGGAGACGGAGCGGGCCCUCUUCGAGCAGGCGUACGGCUUCCACGGAAAGAGCUUCCACCUCAUCCAGCAGAUGCUGCCGGGAAAGUCGAUCGGCAGCCUCGUACGUCACUACUACACGUGGAAGCAGACGCGCACGCGCACCAGCGUCAUGGACCGCGAGGAGCGCAGGCAGGCGAGCCGGCGGGCGCAGCUGCACAGUGACGAAGAGCUUGACGGAGCGCAAGAGGAGGAGGACGAGGAGGAUAAUGCCAGCGACAGCGACUACCACCCCUACAAGAAGAUGAAGAGGGAAGAGCACCGCCGGCGAUCCCGCGCAGGCCGAAGCCGCGCGGUGCAGAGACGGGACGGCCCGCCAGCCUCGCCGCCUCCCAGGCACCGGGCCCACCGCGCCCACCACCACCACCACCACCACUCGGGCCGCGACCGCCGCCACCCACCGCGUCACAUGUACCUGGAGCAGUCCGACCUGCAGGUGGUGGUGGCGGCGUGCUGCCCGCCCGCCAGCGACAGCCGUCCCGCCUGCGGGGAUGCCCGGCCCGGCGAGGCCGGGGGCGGCGCCACGGCCGUCGGCGCUGUUGGCGCAGGUGGCGCAGGUGGCGCGUCGUCCUCCCUCGCCGUGCGUCUCGACACACAGAUCGUGGAUCUCAAGAAGCAGGCGCAAAAGAUGAAGCAGCACAACAGUUCCCUGAAGCAAAAGCUCAAGGAUGGGGUGUCGGCUUACCGCCCGCAGGUGAGUGGCGCCAAAGCAGCAGGAUUCCUGACGUCUUCGCGCAGGUGAUGGAUGAAACGGAAGCCAGGGAGCCGCUGCCCCGCCCCCGCCCCCUGCUGGUGGGGCAGCGUCGCGAGGGGCAGCGUAGAAGUGCCCCACGGUGAGCAGCGUCAGUUCAGAACGCACGGCGGUUUGCGGGGUGGCCCCAGUCGGAGUUCCGCGCGGUCGACCGGUCGCCCGCUGCCCGGUUCUUCACGACUUCCCACUCGCCCCCGUGGCAAGCUCAUCGGUACCAAGUCCGACGGCGAGGCAGAGUUUGUGCUGAAGGAUGAAUAAGAAUAAAAAAAAAAUUUAAUGAAUGCGUGCGAAAGAAAUCUGUGGAAGAACUGCCCUUCCUCGAAAUUUUGAUUAUACCUAGACAUCAACGCUGACGACAAAACUAAACGAAGUAGAGAAAUGCACGCAUCACCUCCAUCGUGCAGAAAAAAACACCGACGCUGCCGCCGCUCGCACAAAACAAACGUCGAUCAAAAGGUACUUUGGCACUUGGGCCUAUUUCUGACAGCUGUGAAGACGUGGACGUUGUGCAGUCUCGGUGCAGAUCUACAGCGGCGGGUCCUCGUCCCCUCCCACCCGGCGUGGGAGUGGGGCCCACCAGCGAACUCUUCUAGCCGAGCGUGGAUCCUUUGUCGAGGGCCGGAGCCGAAUGAGCUCGGUGAAGGCCCUGGCCUCGGUGUGGGGGGGGGGGGGGUGGCGGAACGGAAUGCCCCUUGCGUCCCACGUGAUUGCGACCUCGCCCAGCGGCGCGCGAGUUCGCUGCUGGUCGCCGCUCGCUGCUGCGGUCACGGCCGGCGGGGCGCUUGAGAGCUGUGCGCGAUACGGUGGCGCUUGUGACCGCGCGCGAUGCGGUGACUUCGUUCCCGCAGCGCCACGACCGCACGGCGCUGCGGGAACGAAGUCACCGCAGCGCGUCGCCAGGGUCGCUCUGCACACCAGCGGCAGCAGCAGGCGGCGAGCGGCAAGCGGAGCGCCGCGGUCGUGAGCUCUGGCCUCGUCAGGAUUUUAGAAGUUGAAAAGCACCGUUAUCUUAACUGCGGCCUCGUGUAGCGUGCGCACGAGCGGAGCGCGUGGCGAUAUUGUGGACGAGCAUUGACUGACGGAUACCUAGCAGUGUCGCGCGCACACACACGUACACACGUGUUUGUUUUGCCUGGAGUGAGGUCACCCUGGUGUGUGAUGCGCCGCUUAUACAGGUCAGACUCUGGACUCAACUUAUGGACAUUUAGUUCCCAAAUAUAACACUGACUAUAAAAUAAUUAAUAUUACCUUUUUUUCACAAUUCAGUGUGCUUUAACAUAUCUUGACUUAAAAAAAAUCAUUCUCAAAUGUCACACUGUGGACAUGAACAAACAAAAAAACCUCUGCGUAUCAUUAAGGUGACGGUGUCAUUUACAGAAAAAAUUCCUAUACCUGUGCUGCCUCAUUGGGACGGACGAGUCCAUUGAUGAACUCCCACCCCUCCCCCACCCGGACGAGUUCAUUGUUGAACUCCCCCCCCCCCCACCUGGACGAGUCCAUUGUUGACCCCCCCCCCCCGCCGCUUGGCGGAUCGUGGUGGAGCAUACCACUGUGUUUUUAGGGGUGUCCUGAGUGUGUCACCCGCCCCACCUCUCUCUGUGUGUCUGCGUGCGGUGGUUGACGACCGACAAACCCGCUGCAGUGUGGCCGUGUGGUUGCUGUUGCGCUUGCUCGUUCUGCCGUGCGCGUUCUGCGGGCGCGUGUGCCGUGUUUAGUCCACGUGUGUACUGUCGCGUCCUAACGUACACACGGGUAGCGCGUAACGCCAGCGGUGUAGAGCGGCGCGCGCCCUUGAUGGUUUUAUGAGUUCGUUGUGGCGAAUCCGUGUGUUGUACAGGGGGGUGGUUGAAGAUGCGUCGAAUCCAUAAUAAAGGUU